CCCGUCCCAGCGUUGGUGUAUCGUGUGAUCGCAUGCCAAAUGCACGCGACCGCACCAUCACCUGCAAAACUACUGCUCCCCGCGCGGUAACGUCGACGCCUCGCCCUGAGCCCCCGACGAGCACUCGCCCUCGACGACCAUGGCCUUCAACUUCAACUGGUCGCCGCUCAUCGCCGACACCUCGCGCGCACGCGACAUGCUCACCACGGCCCUAAACAAGUCGCCCAAGCCCCCCAUCAUCGUCGACGACAUCAUUGUCACCGAGCUGAACCUGGGCUCCACCCCGCCCGAGCUGGAGAUACUCGAGAUUGGCGACCUGGCCGAGGAUCGCUUUAGGGGCAUCUUCAAAAUGUCGUAUGCCGGCGACGCCUUCCUGACCCUCAAGACAAAGGUCCAGGCAAAUCCCCUCAAGACAUACCUGUCCAACAAGCCGGACUUUGCCUCGCCACAGCCCCUGGCCGCCGCAUCGGGCCUGACCAUUCCGCUGCAAAUCACCCUGUCCAACAUCCGCCUGUCCGGCUUCGUCAUUCUCGUCUUCUCCAAGCAAAAGGGCCUGACGCUCGUCUUCAGAAACGACCCUCUCGAGUCGCUCAAGGUUUCGUCGACGUUUGAUUCCAUACCCUUUGUGCGAGACUACUUGCAAAAGGAGAUUGAGGGCCAAUUGCGCGUUUUGUUCAUGGAGGACUUGCCCGCCAUCAUACACAGGUUAUCGCUACGCAUGCUCUCGCCAGAGUACCGUGAGAUCGAGACAGAAGAGCGCUUGGAAGCUGCCAAUGACACCACGGCUGCCAUCGACCCUCUGGCGUCACCCCCUCAAGAUGCCGUCGACGCUUUUGGCAAUCCCCUGGACGAAGCCCAAAUCUCGGCCCUGUCCCUCGACUCGGGCGAAAUCCACGCGUCCUUCUCGCAGAAGAACAUCCUCCGGCUGGCUGCUCUCUCCGAAUCCCAACGAACCCUGUCGCUCUUUACGCCCGGCAUACGCGAUGCCGUUUUCCGAGCAUGGGCAGGCCAUCCGGACCGGCCCGAAUCAGGAGCUGCCACCCCGGCCCUCACGCAGGGUAGUCUGUCCAGGAUCCAGUCGACGUUUGGCAGCCUAAAGUCGGGCGCGUCCUCGGUUGCAUCUGAUAGCACAGGUAAUGAGACACUCAGCUCACGGCCGACCAUAGCUUCAUCCUUUUCGUCGUCCGCCGGACUUAGUCUCGGCUCCACUCGUUCGCGCGCUGGUGGCAUGCGGAAACGGAAGAAGCGCGUCGUCGACCUACGGAAAAAGGACACUCCAGACUCUGGUGUAUCUACCGGCGAGAAUACGCCAUUGCAGAGCGCAUACACAUCCGAGACAUCAAGUGUCAUACCCGAAGAGAGGGAGGUAGAGGAAGACUUGGUUACUCCGCCAAGGAGCCCUGAACAGCCAAGUAGGCGCUUUGAAAGUAGGCGCGGGAGUCUCGAUGUUGGUACGCCUAAACGGAUCCCUGAAGAGCCACCCACGUUUGGGCCUCUUGCCCCUGCGCCGGAGCUCUCAGAAGCACCCAAAUCCACAAAGUCAAAGCGAUCGACAGCGCCACCACCGCCAUCAUCGCUGCCACUCGGCCACCUCGAAGACCCUUUCAUAUCCCGAUCAUCCCGACGCCCGCCAAUCUCCCGCCACAAGCUGCGGCAGGCACAACAAUCCACCUCUCCACUCCUACGUUCCUUGUCCUUUGACAAGGUCUCAUCCCUCUCUGCUCUUUGCUCGCCUCCCCGUACCUCUUCACCACCUAAUAUCGACGUUGCGUCCACUUCCGGAGGGAUCCUCCAGCAAGCCUGGAUGCAGAAAAUGGCACAGGAUAUUGCGCGAAAGAUGCAAGAAGAAAAGGAUCGGUCGUCGCGGCAGCGGCCGUCGAACCAUUCCCGCACAAAGACUGCCCCUGUGAUGAGGGGAGGCUUUUGGCAGAGCGAAGAUGAGAUUGAGGCGCCACCAGCUUACGUGGCCUAGGCCACGUCAAAAGGUGUGAUGAAGUUAUGAGCCAUGAAUUUGUCAUGACGAGCGGUUUUUGUUUU